UUUUUAUUCAGUAACAAGCUGAGUGAGGAGCUGACAGACCCUCCAGAGUCUCUGCACAGUUGCCCUCAGCAGAUCGGAGCCUACCUCCACUUCCACUUCACUGGCUUUUAUACUGAUUCCUCGGACUUUUGAAAUCCACUUUUAUUGCAGUUAUUCUGUGGCUGAUUUCAGACUCCACCGGGGCUGUUUCUCGCAGGCUCUGAGUUUUCCUGGUGAUGACCUCACUGCUGUUCCCUGGCAACGCCCACGCUGCGAUGAAGGAACUCUCCUCCUCAUCCUCUUCACUCACCUCCCUUCUCCACUACCCUUCCUCCAAAUCUUCUGUUGUGCCUUUCUCACCGUCUGCUGGCCCUGCCUCCACGCCAGGGUCGACUCUAUCAUCGGCUCCCCUCUCUAAACCGCAACCGUUCUGCCUGCAGACGGGGCCACAUCUCAUCGCCAGCAUGCAGCUACAGAAACUCAACUCGCACUACCAGAACAUCACUGGUGCUUCUACUGGACACCCAGCACCCGGUGGAGCUCAAAGGGGCUUCAGUGCCUCACCUUUGGGCACCAGUAACCAGCUUCUUGGGCCUUCUGGAGGCCUUGGAGGAGGCGGAAUGGGUGUUGGGAUUAGCAUGGGGAACCAAGGCUCAGGUGCAGGUGGAAUUAUCGACUUUGACCCCGUGGACGAGGAGGUUCUCAUGUCUCUAGUGGUGGAGCUUGGUUUGGACCGAGCCAACGAGCUGCCCGAGCUCUGGCUGGGGCAGAACGAGUUUGAUUUUAUGUCAGACGUGCCGGCCGGGUGCUGACCUGACAAAAAGCAGAUCCUGUGGAAUUGAUUGACAACGAGAGAAAAGGCUUCUCUCCCUGUUUUGUUUUUCUCUUUUCUCCCUUUCUUGGUUGAUAAAAUGAGGAAACGGAAGAGACCGAUAGAGAAAGAGGUUACAGACGUACUCUGGUUUCUAUUUCACUUUCAUACUCACUACAAGAAGACGGCGCAAAGUAAAAGACAACUCACAUUUGAUUGUUGUGUCGUUUUUGAGAUGGAGAUCAGUUUCAUGUUUCUUCCCUGGGAUUAAACUAUUGAAGGUCCCACGCUGAUUUACGUUUUUCCCCUCUUUUUAAAAGACAGGCAAAGAGAAGUAUUAGCAGAGUAUAAACAGAAAUAAGGAAUAGAAGACUUUGUUGCUCUUAUCCUCUUUUUACCAUCAUUCUGGCUUAAUGAAAACAAGUUGACUGACAUGGGAAGGACUGACUAAGACAUUUGAGCCAACCCCUUGAAAACAAAUAGAGAAGUAAGAUACACCUGUUGGACUUGGUCCCCUACUAUUCUUAAGAGUUGUCCUCUCUUAAAUAGAAUGAAAAUGGGAGCCACAUCUUUAUGGGAGAUUUACAAACGAUGGCAAACACUAUGCUUCCUGUUUUCUUAAUAGACAAUAUUAGACUCUGGUCUCACGGGAAAGAGACUCCUGUCUCUUAGCUUCACAAAGAAACUGAUUGUCUGUGAACUUAUCUCAAUGCAGUUCUCUUUCUUUUUUCCUUUUUUUUUGUUUGAAUUUAGCUCAACCAGUUGUAUUCAUAGCACAUGUUAUUUAAGACAGUGGCUGAUAUCCAUCAGGAGUCUUGGACAAGGAGUGCUUCUGUAGCGCCUCUAUAGUCAGUUCUACUUUUCUGAACGUAAUGAAUUAGAUCAAGAAAUGUGGAAUCUUUCGGAGCAUCAGGCAUGAAUGGAGUAAAUUGUUUGUAGGUCAGCAGCACAGCCUCAUUAAAACAAUCAAGGUCUUAUGGUCAUAAAAGUCACUAUUACCUACUACUAAAAAAUACGGGCCUAGUCACACUGGCAUUAGAGGUCCUUGAUGAGAGUAACACUAAAGAUACAAGAUUUUGCUAAAGACAUAAACUGAACAGAAAGGAAAGUAAAAUCCACACAUGCCCUCUGCUUUUCAUGUAUAUUUCCUGCUCUGCCACUUUGAAUGUUUUUGUCAAAACAAGUCAUUCAACCCUGUCAGUCCUUACUGUCACAAGAUGUCCAUGUUCCUGAUAAUGUUCUUGAUAGUGCUGUCUGUUUUGCCAUCAUUUGGCCUGCAGGAUGCUGUUUGCACACCUUUGACUUGCGUUGCCUUCCAAUGGGGUUUUGAUAUGAGGAGUUCAUGAGUUGUGUACACCACUUCCUGUGUCUUAACCACAAGCUUGAAUUCCAUUUUAAGGCAUUGUUAAACACUGUGGUUUGGUUUCAUCAUGUCAAGAUGCUAUCAACACUAACACAGCCAUUUGUUGCCCUCUAAGAAGCAGAAACUGCUUGUAGUUAACAAUAGCCUCUGUUAAUUUUGUGUCUUAUAACAACAGAGGCUACAAGACCUUGACCCACUAAUACUAAUGGUCCACUCUCCAGCAGCCCUGUUGGAGGAGUUUUUUUUUUACUUGUGUCCUGUAUUAAUGAACAGAGUCAAAAAACCCUUCUUGGUUUGUUUACUUCCAAUUUUCCAACUAGCUAACAGUGGCAAUGUGCUAAACACUUGAUUUUCACAUCUGGUAUUAGCGCUGACUUCUAUGAAUAGCUACCAAAGAACACAAGAAAAAAUCAUGUGAAAUAUAAACCUUCAAUAUGAAUCCGUCAGAAACCACCCAAGCUAAAAAUGACAUUUAUAGCAUCUUUUGAGAUCUGUCUUACAAAUCAACAGUUGUGCUUCAAGUGUUGCAUUAUUAUUGCAGCCACUUGUCAAACCUGUGUCUUUGCCAUGCAGUAUGGUUAACAGCUCUGGGGAAUAAACCAACAAAUGGACAUUGAGGAGGUAUUGUUGCCACAUGUGAAACCGAGAUUUCAAAAGAUGGAGGUCAUUGCGCUUUUAAAUGUUUAUUUCUGAGGAGUAACAAAUCAGUUUAAAUUACAAAUAAACAUAUAACAUGGCAAACGAGAAAGAAAGGGGCACAUUUUAUUCAGUUAUUUAACUGCCUUCAGAGAGGGCUCCUGCCAUCUUCCUUCCUAUGUUACUGUUAGUUAGACGAAUAACAUCAACGUAGGUGUCUAGAAAACCUUUCAGUGUGUUCAUUGUUAGCAUGGUCGCUAAUGUUAGCUUUCUUGACUGUUACCUCUAGACUCUAUAAUUACAGAUUUUCAGUGAUUUCCUAUUUGAAGAGACCUGAUGUUGCCGUAGUUUGUCUGAAGUAGCAGCAGUAACAUAGGAAGAAAGUCUGAUUGGUGGUUAGCAGACCAAUCAGGAGCCAAACAUUUUAAUUUGGUUGAAAUCAGUCUUGCAGCCUGUAGAGCUGCAUCACCAGCCAAAUACAUCAUCGCCUUCUCUUUAUAACUAUAUAAAAUAUUUGGACCUCCAUCAUGUUGCCAGAUGUGGCUGCAAAGUUUGGUCUCACCUUUAGAUUGUGAAUGAAAUAUGAACUCCCCAUCUACCAGAUGUUUCUUUCCUCCUUUAAAAAUAAAUCCUGUGGGUUUUAAACUGACACCUGUUCACACCUAUAGAGGCUUUACAGAGCUCAAGAUGGCUGCAGUCAGGUUUUGACCUAUAUAUCUGUUGCGGUAAGAGGAGACGGCGGGUUUGAAACUGCGCGGGAACAAAGGCCUUUCACCCUGAACGCAGCACGUCUGUCAUCUGGGCGUUGUGGGUCUCCUCCUGGAGCGCACAAAACGACAAACCUGCAGGUUUAGAACACCUAUACGCAGGCGUACAAAGGCAUGGAAACACAACCAAAGCACGUACACACACACACACACACAGCAGCAGAACAGAGAUGGUAUUACAGCAGGGAAACGCGAGUAGCAGCCAUGAAACGGGCACUUGUUUAGUUACGCUGACUUCACAGGGUAUCAUUGUGUGUGUGUGUGUGACAAAAUGAACUAAUCUGUCCACAUAAAGAAAAAAAAAUACACGUCCUGAGCCUUGUUCAUUUAUUUAGAUAUAGACUUCUCGGCUUACCCACACACGCUGCCUAUUACCACUUUUUAAUGUCGAUAAGAGUCUUUAACGAAACCAGAGAAGCGGCGAUUAAUGAAAACCUGACGAGGGAAUAAUUUGACCGAAUCCUUUCUUUCCUUUUAAAAGUGAUCCAGUACAGUAUUUUCUUUAUAGUGCUCUCUUCACCAACACAGGAAAAGAAAUAAAGAUGCUAUUCUUUGCCCGUGACUCUGGCAGACAGAACGAUUCUUCGUCCUCCUCCGUCUCGCCACAUUAAGUGGGCCAAAAAGAAGCAUUCCUCAGAACGAGGGUUUGUUUCCAUCCGCUCAGCAUUGUUUUUCAGCUUGUAGGUUUUGUGGUCCAGUCUAAGCCAAGCUGUUUUGUUGUUUUUUUCUCUCACUGUGUGAACCAGAGGGUUCCCCCCCUCUUCUCUACUCCCCUGAGAAGGUGAAUUGUCUGAGGACUUUCAUUUCCUCUUUUGCCUUGACCUCCAUUAUUGCAGAUUAACCCCAGGAGAGAACCAGAAUAUUCAAAAAGUUUUUCUUUUGCUUUCAGUUUUGGGGUCUGGUUUAACCUAAUUACUGCUAAAACUCUUUAUAUAACAGAGGAAACCACUCAAAAUUGGACCUUUAUUUCACCAUUAUCAUCCAUCUUGUGGCCUCACCUAGUAGAACGGGACUGUUUAAAGACCUUAAAUGAUUUACUUUGCAUUGGCGGGUUAAGCACUCAAAUUCUUUGACAAUUUGUCAAUGACCAUGGUUAGAAAAUUUCAGAAAAUGAGAAUUGCUAACCAAAAGCAAAAAACUGUGAUAGAAAAACAAACCAGAGAAGUGGAAUAUUAUAACUAAUAAGCACACUUUGUCAAUUUGGACAAGACAGUAACUUCAAAUCCCACUGUCUCCAUCUCCAUGUUGUGGCCCUGCCUUGUAGGGGAACUCUCUCUCAAUUAAUUGUUCAAGUCAGAUUGUAUCACAUUGUUAGACUGCUGUAAAGCUACAGCAUUUUAACUCUUUUUGUUUAUGCUUAAUUGCGUAAAAUGUCAGAAAAUUGUUAAAUAUAAAAUAAAAUCUAAUCGUAUUUAUGCCAUAUCCGAGUUAAAAAUAGUUGGCUUUUUUAAUACCUGGAAACCCACAAGUCAUCAUUACAUCUGUCUUUAUAACUGGUUCACACUCACUCGCCAGUUCGUUAGGCACAUUAGUGACUGCACCCUAAUACAGUCUUGAGCUAAAUUUGAUCGUCCAGUUGGAUUAAAACCUUUCUGACGCUGUUUCAGUCUAAACAUUAGAACUGUCACAUAGCUAAGAUUUAGUGCAGUACUGUUGUAUUAGGAUGCAUUCAUUUUCACUAGUGUACCUAAUGAUUUGGUAACUGAGCUUAUGAAGCAUUGGUAAACAAUUUACUUAUCUGUAAUUGAACAUUGACUCCUUUCAUCAUACUCGCCUUCUUCUGAAUCUGUACAUUAUUGGUUUAUCUUGAUUUCCUUUCAUUUGUCCUAUCUACCAACUAAAUAAUUAUUUCUCAAAGCACUUUUUGCUCACAGAUUCUCACUUGUUCACCUUUAUGAAUAUGUUAAUGACUCAGAUCAUAGUGGAAUAAGAUAAACAAAAAAAGCUUGUAUUUUUGUUACAGAGUUUGGGGAAAAAAUAAAGGAAGUGAAAACUGA